UUCGUCAGCUCUUGUAGGUGAUAGUUCGGAGACUCCUACUCUCUGCCCAAAGCACAUUUCUUCAGAGCCCACAUAAUUGAGCUUUUUCUGCUAUAGUGUGGUUGGCUUGGAGUGAGGAUUGGAAGUCCAGUGUGGCGCGCAUUCAGUCAGCUUGAGACCGUCAGAGUGUUGCUUUUUUCAAGUGUGCCAAUAUUGAAUUGUCUAACAAGGAAAAUAUGGCCAGUGGAAGUGAAUUCAAGUGUCUCAGUGGGGACUUGCCAUCUGCAAGUGAGCUUAUUGCUGGAAUAUCACCUGCAAUUGUUACCUGCCUUGCCAUCGCGGGAUGUGUUCUCCUUACAACUGUAACCAUCUUCUGGACGCAAGUGAGGUACCUGCUGGAAAAUACACCAAAACCCUAUAAAUCCCGCACAAUCACUCUAUGUGCCAUUUAUCAGAUCGUUUCUGUUGUUUAUUUCAUCGCAAUGAUCAUACCGAGGUUCUUCCUCUUGGCUGAAAUGAUUGCAGUUCUAACUUUUGGUUUUGCAGCAUAUCAAAUCACAUGCCUCAUCAUUGACUACGCCGGCGGUGAGACAAACUUCAUAAAGACUGCCGGCGAUAAUGCACUCAACAUGCGAGUACCCCCAUUUUGCUUAUUUUAUGGCUGCCUAAGAAAUGGAGAGCCCAUUACCAAGGGAAAAUUCAUCUUUAUCCGCAUCCUAGUGGGGCAAUUUGUUGUUGUCCAGGGUGUUCUCAAUAUCACAAUGAAUGCAAUUUACGUUGAUGAUCCGAAUUUCUACAACUCUGUUCGUUUCUACUUCAUACCUUUUGUACUCAUCUCACUUCUUUCGUGUAUUUGGGGACUCAAUAUGAUCACGAGAAUGAUUGCCCCACACUUUCCCUACUAUAAAUUGGUGCAGAAAUACUUUUGUGUCCAAUUUGUGUUGCUGAUGUGUAAAAUUCAACCCACAAUUGCCGAUAUGGUGGUAUCAAAUGUCAAUUUCCCAUGUCACUACCCUCUAACACCGCAUGUAUACAAGAAUGUUGUGGUGAAUCUCGUGAUUCUCAUACAGAUGAUGUUUCUUUCAAUUUGGGCAAUUAAGCUGUACCGCAAACCCCUAAAGAAGCCCCAAGUACACACAGUUUAUCGUUCAAUGUCCAUCACAGCGAGUAAUCUAAGCGUCAACACCGUCAACACGACCGUCGACUACAUGUAGGACGCUUUUCUUCUCAACAAAAAGGACAACAGAUCAAAAUUCAAAUCAAUGUGCUAUUUAUUGUGAUAAUUUAUUCCAAAACCUCUCUCCUUUAGUUUAGUUAUAAGAUAAUGAAAACAUGUCUGUAUAGUUAGUAAAAUCGGUGAUAUUAAAAUUAAACAAAAGGAAAUUUAUAAGACCAAAA